CAAUUUACCAAAAACUAUAAUAUUUAAUAAUCGUUUCAAUAAAAAACAAACCCUUUUGCAUAUAAAUUCCCUUUUACGGCUAUUAAAGCAAAAAUAAAAUACAAAUUAUCGUUUAUUAGAAUAUUUUCUCAUUUUGGAGGAUUCCGCAUUUUGUAUUGGGAAUCACUGUGGUGUGGUUUUACUGUACGAGGUUCAAGGGGAUCAGUAAUCGGUAUGUUACAUUAAUAUCACACGUCAGAGAAUGUACGAAUAGAAAUACAAUUUCCUUAAAGGUCAAUCAAUUUUCCUCUUCAGGUAAAAAGGAGAUCUAUAAGAGGCUAAAUCGAACCUAAUAUUUUUAAAUACGUCUCAGUCGAAUUGUCUUUCUUUAUUAUUUUAAUCCGCUGCUAUAACCGCGGGAUCAUUUAAUAAUUCAAUUAAUUUAAUUAAGCGGGGCACUAUUUUCCAUUGCACGCCUCGUUUUCGGUAUUGUUGCUUUUUGAAAUACAGCUACAAACGGAUAUUUUUCUCCUAUAUAAUUGAAUUACUAUUAUUACUUAAUUAAAUUACCCACGGAGCGACGUUUUUCUUUCAUUCUGUUCACUGAGAAAUCAAUGCACGUCGACUGAAUUUGGAAUAUGAGAUGGCCAGGCUUAUAGCGAAUUUAAUUAUAUAUUUAUGUCUGCUGUGUAGUAUUAUCAAAGCUAAUGAGAGUGGUGAUAGCAAUGUUCAGGAUACAGCGGCUAAGGUGGUUUAUAAGACACCCGAAAUUUCUGGAUUCGCAUAUUUAGUAGAGACCUUCGACAACGAGGAGAAAUUUAAGAAAUCUUGGGUCUUGUCAGAAGCCAAGAAAGACUCUGUUGAUGAAGAUAUAGCGAAAUAUGAUGGAAUUUGGUCCAUAGAAGAACCUAAAGAGCAUGCGCAAGAGGGAGAUCUGGGACUAGUCCUUAAGAGUAAAGCUAGACAUGCUGCUAUAUCCACUACAUUAUCCAAACCAUUUUACUUCGGUGAUAAUCCAUUAAUUGUACAAUACGAAGUAAAUUUUCAAGAAGGCCAAGAAUGUAGUGGGGCUUAUUUGAAAUUGCUUACUCUGGAUGCAGAGCAUCAAGAUUUAAAGAAAUUCCAUGAUAAAACUCCCUAUACUAUAAUGUUUGGUCCUGAUAAAUGUGGAAACAAUCACAAGCUGCAUUUUAUCUUUCGACAUAAAAAUCCUCUCAAUGGUUCGAUAGAAGAAAAACACUGUAAGAAACCUAGAGAGCGCUUGGAAGAUUUUUUCAAAGAUAAGCAGUCUCACCUAUAUACUUUGAUCAUUCGUCCAGAUAAUAGUUUUGAAAUCAAAGUCGAUAAUAAGGUAGUAAAUUCUGGAUCUUUGCUGGAUGAUUUCACUCCACCAGUCAAUCCACCUUUGGAAAUAGAAGAUCCUACUGACGUUCAGCCAGAAGAUUGGGAUGACAAGGAAAAGAUCCCUGACCUAUCAGCUGUUAAACCAGACGAUUGGGACGAAGAUGCUCCAGCACAGAUCGUCGAUGAAGACGACAUCAUGCCUGAAGGAUGGCUCGAAGACGAAUCACCUAUGAUUCCCAAUCCUGACUCUGUAAAACCUGAAGAUUGGGAUAUUGAAAUGGAUGGAGAAUGGGAACCUCCAGAAAUUCCAAAUCCAAAGUGUGCAGAUGCACCAGGAUGUGGACCAUACAAGCAAAAGAUGAAAAAGAAUCCUCGAUACAAGGGCAAAUGGUCACCACCCUUAAUUAACAAUCCUAAUUAUAAAGGCAAAUGGAAGCCAAAACUAAUUCAUAAUCCUAAUUACUUCAAUGACCAACAUCCAUUCCGGAUGAUGCCUAUUUUUGCUGUGGGCUUUGAACUUUGGUCGAUGUCUACGGACAUUCUCUUUGAUAAUAUUCUUGUUGCUGAUGAUGAAGAAGUAGCAAGAAAAUGGGCGGAAGAUACAUUCGAAGUACGUCGGGCUAGAAUCGAGAAGGAGAGUGUAACUUUAUGGGGUCGCAUAUUAAAAGUAACAAAUUAUAAACCAGGCUGGUGGGUGUUGUAUUUUAUAUACUGUGCAGUACCAGUUGUAUUAUAUAUUUGGUAUCUUCUGAAACGAGUUCGUGAGUAUAGUGUAUGGCAUCAGAUUGGAGUAUUUGCUGCGGAACAUCGCUGGAUAUGCGGUACAUGUAUAAUAAUUCCUGGCUUCGCCAUAUUGCUAAUAAUAUAUUACUGCUGCUUAGCUUCUCAGGAUAAAUAUGAUGUAAAAGAUGAAGAUAAACAACCUUUAGAAGCAAAUGAACAAACAGCACAGAAGCAAGAAGAAACAGAAAAUCAGCUACCUAAUACUGAAGCAGAGGAAGAAACUGAAAAGUUAAACGAAAAUGAAGAAAUAAUAGAAAGUGAAGAUAAUGAUAAUCCAGCAAUAGGUGGUGAUGGACCACGACGAAGAAAACCAAACAAAGACUAGAAUGAAUUAAGAUUAUAUGAAAGGAAUUCGUACUACUAAGGUACAGAUUACAAAUUUAAAUAAGUGUUCAAAGGAAUAAAUUUAGGGACUAGUAGAAGGAAUACUGGAAUUCUGUGUACAAGACUUACAAGUAGGCACUGCACGUUGUGAAUUAUGUCCAGCAAGAACAGUGUGUGCACCCAUGCAUCUUGUGCAUAAUACCUCUCCACAUGACCAACAGUGAUGCUGAAAAAAAGAGGAAGGAAAUAUAAUUCUAAUUCUAAAUUAAAUCUUAAGUUAUAAUAUACAUUUACCUUUUUAUUAAAUGCGUCAAAUGUAGUAGAACAU